AUGGCAGCCGGCGUGGCGACAUGGCUGCCAUUUGCACGGGCGGCAGCAGUGGGCUGGCUGCCGCUGGCCAAAAAGACAAUGCCCAAACCUCCGGUGGACAACUCGUCCAGAUCGGAUGAGAUCCUGUACCUCAAUGUCAGCGGAGUCAGGUUCCAGACGUGGAAGAACACUUUGGAUCGUUAUCCCGACACACUGCUGGGCUCCUCUGAGAAAGAGUUUUUCUUCAAUGAAGACACAGAGGAGUAUUUCUUUGACCGAGACCAUGAGAUGUUUCGACACAUUCUGAACUUUUAUCGCACAGGGAAGCUCCAUUACCCGCGACAUGAGUGCAUCCAGGCCUUUGACGAAGAGCUGGCCUUCUACGGCAUUGUGCCAGAGAUCAUUGGAGACUGCUGCAUGGAGGAAUACCGAGACAGGAAAAAGGAGAACCAGGAGCGUCUGGCAGAGGACACGGAGGCCAACGAGGUGAUGGAUGCCCCGCUUCCUCCAGACAGCACCCCCAGGGAGCGUCUGUGGCGAGCCUUCGAGAACCCCCACACCUCCACUAUGGCGCUCGUCUUCUACUAUGUCACCGGCUUCUUCAUCGCCGUCUCUGUCAUUGCCAACGUGGUGGAGACUGUGCCCUGCCGGCCUCCCGAGGGCAGGGUUAAGGACCUUCCCUGUGGGGAGAAGUACCAGCUGGCCUUCUUCUGCAUGGACACAGCCUGCGUGCUCAUCUUCACUUUUGAGUACUUGAUGCGCCUGUUUGCUGCGCCCAGCCGCUGCAAGUUCAUGCGCUCUGUGAUGUCUGUAAUUGACGUAGUGGCUAUAAUGCCAUACUACAUUGGCCUGGUGAUGCCCGAGAACGAGGACGUGAGCGGCGCCUUCGUGACCCUCCGAGUUUUCCGCGUCUUCCGGAUCUUCAAGUUCUCGCGUCACUCACAGGGUUUGAGGAUUUUGGGCUACACGCUCAAGAGCUGCGCCUCCGAGCUCGGCUUCCUGCUCUUCUCCCUCACCAUGGCCAUCAUCAUCUUCGCCACCGUCAUGUUCUACGCCGAGAAGGGCACCAAGGGCUCCACCUUCACCUCCAUCCCGGCCUCCUUUUGGUACACCAUCGUCACUAUGACAACGCUGGGAUAUGGAGACAUGGUCCCAAACACCAUCGCGGGGAAGAUCUUCGGCUCGAUCUGCUCUCUCAGCGGCGUGCUGGUGAUCGCCCUGCCCGUGCCUGUCAUCGUGUCCAACUUCAGCCGGAUCUACCACCAGAACCAGAGAGCGGACAAGAGGAGAGCGCAGCAGAAAGUGCGUUUGGCUCGGAUCCGCAUGGCAAAGAAAGGAACAACCAACGCCUUCCUGCAGUACAAAGAAGACCGAGCUCUCGGGGAUCGGGACAGUGAUAGCACAGCUCUGUGUGUGAAGAACAGAUCAGCUUUCGAGCACCAACACCACCACCUGCUGCACUGUCUGGAGAAGACGACGAACCACGAAUUCACAGACGAGCUGACCUACAGCGAGCUGUGUAUGACAGAGUCGGUGGGCUUCAGGACCAGUCGCAGCACUUCUCUGUCCAGCCAGCAGGGGGCACAGAACAACCCCACUGGCUGCUGCCCCCGCAGGGCCAGGAGGCGAGCCGCCAUGCGUCUGGCUAACUCCACUGCGUCUGUCAGCCGGGGGAGUGUCCAGGAACUGGACACCCUGCAUGUGAAAACCACCUCCAUACCACCACAAACUCGUUCCAGUCUGAACGCCCAGGCGGACGACUUAAAGCUGAACUGUGGGGAACAAGAUUUCACUGCUGCAAUCAUCAGCAUCCCCACGCCGCCUGCCAACACGCCGGACGAGAGCCUCCCGCCAUCACCUGCCCCCAUCCCCGGCAUUCUGCGCAACACCCGAGCAACGGCCUAUACCCAUGAAACCGUCAAAAUCUCCUCCUUAUAA